CUGACAGACAGUCUUUGAGACCUCCGCGAGCGACUUCGGGAGCUUUGCGCUCGUCGUGCGGGUCAGAAAGCUCCCACUGCGCCUGCGACGGAUUUCGUUGCAGUGUAUCCGGCCAUGACACAUUCUGCCAUGUCCCAUGGCACUGAGCAUGCCGGGCCAUCAUCCCCGAGGAUCGGGAGCAACCGCCCGCCCAAGCAGGAUGUAUGCGGUGUCGCCAGCAGAGAAUCAGCAGCCAACCCGCGCCAGCAAGGACUAUUUGCCUACCUAUCGACGCGCGACUUCUACCUCACGCUCCUCCUAGGCCAAACCCUCGCGAUCACGAACACAGCCUGCAGCACAUUCAGCACGCUUCUAGCAGACCGAGGCGUAUCGAUCCCCGCCUUCCAGACCUUCUUCACCUACCUCCUCCUAGCGCUCAUCUUCACCACAUACACGAUCUACCGGCACGGCCUACAAAGUUGGACGCUUAUGCUGCUCCAACGCGGCUGGAAAUACCUCCUCCUCUCAACCUGCGACGUAACAGGCAACUACCUCCUCGUCCUCUCAUACAGACACACGACGCUCCUCAGCGCCCAACUAAUAAACUUCUGGGCGAUCGCGAUCGUGGUCCUCGUCUCCUCCACCAUGCUAGGCGUCCGCUACCACCGGCCGCAACUUCUAGGAAUAACCAUCUGCAUAGCCGGCAUGCUCCUCCUCCUCCUCUCUGACCGCAGCGCAUCCACCCCACAAUCCGCCCCGCGCCCCAACCCGCUCAAAGGCGACGUAUACGCGCUCCUAGGCGCAACGAGCUACGGACUGGCCAACACGUUCGAAGAAUUCCUGGUAAGCACCACGCCAAACGGCAUCCCGGAGGUAUUGGCCCAGCUGGGGCUAUUCGGGGCGAUAUUCACCGGGGCACAGGCUGUCGCGUUCGAGGUCCCUGCCCUGAAUGCUGUGGACUGGGAUCGCGGGACCGUGCUGGAGCUGCUGGGGUUUACGCUUUGUCUUGCGGGGUUCUAUGCGCUUGUGCCUAUCUUGUUGCGUCGUGCGUCGGCCGCGUUCUUCAAUUUGAGUAUGUUGACGAUGAAUUGUUGGGGCGUGUUGGUGGGGGUGCUCGGGUUUCGGUAUAGGGUUGGUGCGUGGUAUCCUCUUGCUUUUGCGUUGGUUGUGGCUGGCCAGGGGGUUUAUUAUCUUGGUGGGGGGGAGGGUGCGGCGGAGGGGCUGGACGGGGUACGUGGGAGAAAGCCGUGGCUUGAGGGUUCUGCUUCUGGGGGAUUUCAGGGACAGAAGGAGGAGGACCCAGAGGGUCUGGGUAUUGAGCCCAGGGCGAGGAGGACGAGGGCAUCUGCUGGGAACUGGACUGAUGAGGCUUCCGAGGAGGACCCGCUGUUGGGUCCAGCUGUUUGAGUUGCUUUCUGUUGCCGCUCGGCUGCGGUUCAAUUGUGGCUGGUAUAUACGAGCUGCAAGGCUAGAGCUACGAUUUUGAUGACUUGAUGACAAUGCGUUAGAUAAGACACUGCCAUGAUAUGAUUAUUAGAUCUAUUUGUCC